GUAUUGACUAUCUCUGGAUAGAUCAACUCUGCAUUAACCAAAAAGACCGAGAAGAAAAAGCCGAAGAAGUCAGAAAAAUGAGAAAAUGUUAUGGUGAGGGCGAGGCGACUCUAAUUUCUAUAAAUGCUGAUGCCAAGGAUAAAGUAACACACGAAGAAAGCAAAGAAGAUAAACAAACUAUUUUUAUGUUUGAUGACGUUUUAAUUGAUGGGAGGAUGAUGGCACAAGUUUGGGCAGUGAUCCAACAAGUCGGUCAUCCCGAAGAAAAUUUAAACAAAGAGCCUCGGAUAUUUGUUACUCCACUAGUCAUUAAAAAACGUGGCCGUGGUAAUCCUAUUGACGGAAUUUAUUCCGUCCUCGGUUUAUUACCUUAUGGUGAAAAGGUAAAAGUUGAUUAUUCCUUAAAACCAGAACAGGCCUUACUAGAGACAAUGAAAACAUCUGUCGAAGCAGAUAUAGUUUGUGAACCAAAAAGUGCAGAAUUUACGGAAAGCGGUAUUAAGUUAAUUGGUUCUCAGCGUUCAAUAAAAGCUUUGGACAAAACGAAAAGUAUUCAUGUUUUUCAAAGAACUGAGGAUAUGGUUGGAUUACUUAUGGUCUACGUAUUUACAGGUGACAGCAGGGAUUAUAGCAAUAGCAUUGCGUUGAAAGGAUCUAAAGAGACCCUUGAAAAAAUAAAAGAAGAAGAUACUUUAGUAAUUUUCAGUAAGGAAAAAUGGAAAAUUAAAAACAAUGAAAAGUAUGGAGGGCUUGCUAUUUUGGUACCUAGCGUGAGUAAUUUUGAUUGCCCAGUAGACAUGAUGGAAUUGGAUAACUUAGAAGACCGCAG